UCAUUAAACCCUCUUCACCCUCUGCGUUUCAUUUUCAUCAUUCCAUUCUCUUAAUCUCGCGUUUCUUCGGGAAAGACUUUCAGAGAGAGAGAGAAAUGGUGAAAUUUUCGAAGCUACUUGAAGCCCAACUGAUUCCAGAAUGGAAAGAUGCGUUUGUGAAUUACUGGCAACUAAAGAAAAACGUGAAGAAGAUAAAGCUAUCAAGAAACAGUAAACUAGUAGAAAUCGAAAAGGAGCAUGAGUAUGGAUUCUCCAUCUUGGACCCCAUUCGUUGCAUUGUCAAGAAACUUUCAAAUCGAUUCGACAAUGGUGGAAAGAAAAGCGAGAUUCUUCAGGUGACGAACAGUAACAGAGGAGGGGGAGACGAGGAAGAUUUAUAUCAAACAGAGCUUGUACAGCUUUUUUCCGAAGAAGAUGAGGUGAAGGAGUUCUUCAUGAAAUUAGAUGAAGAGUUGAACAAAGUGAACCAGUUCUAUAAAAUCAAAGAACGUGAGUUCGUCGAGAGAGGAGAAAUCUUAAACAAGCAACUCCAAAUCCUUCUUGACCUCAAGCAAAUCCUCAAUGACCGUCGCCGGAAAGAUCUCCUAUCCAAAUCGGAUUCCGGAAUUUUUGAUCGUUCCAACUCGUCCAGCCGGAGCUCCGAUUGUUCAGGUCUGUCUUCUGAGUUGGAUGAGACACCAUCUCAAUCCCCAUCUCCAGAUGAUGUCAUUGCAGCAUUUGAGAGGAGCGGGGUGAACUUUAUCGGAGCUACAACGCGGACCAAAACGAAGAAAGGAAAGCCUAAGAUGGCGAUGAGGAUCGAUGUCCCGAUCACAACAUUGACACGCUCAAUCUCAUCGAUCACGUCUAUGCUCUGGGAAGAUCUAAUUACUAAUCCUAAGAAGGAAAACCCCGGAGGAGCAGUCGGAGAUCUCAUUAAUGGGAAGAAGAUCCAAUCUGCAGAAAAGAUGAUUAGGGGAGCCUUUGUAGAGCUAUACAAAGGGCUUGGACUCCUCAAGACUUACAGCUCAUUGAACAUGUUGGCUUUCACCAAAAUACUUAAGAAGUUUGAUAAGGUAGCAAACCAACAAGCAUCAGAGGAUUAUUUGAAAGUAGUGAAGAGGUCACAUUUUACAAGCUCGGACAAGGUGGUAAGAUUAGCAGAUGAAGUGGAAUCCAUCUUCACAAAGUACUUCGCCAGCAAUGAUAGGAAGAAAGCCAUGAAGUUCUUGAGACCCCAAUUGCAGAAAGAUUCUCACAUGGUCACCUUUUUAGGAGGUCUGUUCACUGGUUGUUUCGUGACACUCUUUGGUGUCUACGCGAUAUUGGCGCAUUUGUCGGGUAUAUUCUCUGCAGGAGGAUACAUGGAAACCAUCUACCCUGUUUUCAGCAUGUUUGCUUUACUUAGCUUGCACUUGUUUAUGUACGGGUGCAACCUUUUCAUGUGGAAGAACACAAGGAUCAAUUAUAACUUCAUAUUUGAGUUUUCUCCAACCACUGCUCUCAAGUACAGAGAUGCUUUCUUGAUCUGCACCUCCUUAAUGACUGCAGUUGUUGGGGCCAUGGUUAUCCAUCUCCUCUUAAGAUCCACUGGUUUCUCACCAACUCAAGUUGAUGCCAUUCCUGGAGUUCUCUUUCUUCUCUUUAUAGGAUUGCUCAUAUGCCCAUUCAACAUUUUCUACCGAUCGACCCGCUACUACUUCAUCCGAGUUAUUUGUAACAUUGUAUCCUCUCCAUUUUGCAAGGUUAUAAUGGUAGACUUCUUCAUGGCUGACCAAUUGACUAGCCAGAUUCCAUUGCUAAGGCAUAUGGAAUCUACAGCUUGCUACCUACUUGCAGGUAGUUUCGAAACUCAUCGAUACGAGAUCUGCCAUUCUAGCAAGUUAUACAAGCAGCUUGCUUAUGUUAUAUCAUUCUCACCAUACUAUUGGCGUGCCAUGCAGUGUGCAAGAAGAUGGUUCGAUGAAGGCGAUGUAAACCAUCUAGCUAAUUUGGGUAAGUACGUCUCUGCCAUGGUGGCAGCCGGUGCAAGAUUAUCAUUUGGCAUGAAUCCUACCCUACCUUGGAAGGCCAUUGUGAUAGCUACUUCUUCCAUAGCAACAAUUUAUCAGUUAUAUUGGGACUUUGUUAAGGAUUGGGGGUUCCUUAACCCUAAAUCAAAGAACCCAUGGCUUAGAGAUGAACUAAUCUUGAAGAACAAGAGCAUCUACUAUGUGUCCAUUGUUAUAAAUUUGGUUCUAAGACUAGCUUGGGUGGAGACUGUCAUGCAUUUUAGUCUUGGAUCAAUAGUUGAGUAUCGGUUGCUUGACUUUUCCUUGGCUUCACUUGAGAUAAUAAGGCGUGGGCAUUGGAAUUUCUACAGGUUGGAGAAUGAACAUUUGAACAAUGUCGGCAAGUUCAGGGCAGUAAAGACGGUUCCUUUACCGUUCCGCGAGACAGAUUCUGAUGACUGAAACCAUUAGCUAUAGACAUAUACUCACA